AUGAACACCAAAGCCGUCGGAAUCAAGAUCUUCGCCAGCUUGCAACUCCUGGUAGCCUUUCUUCAGCCGGGAACUGCCCAGUUUCUUGACCCGAACUGCGGAGUUCGAUCUCCUUCGAUACGGAUUAUCAAUGGGGACAACGCUACGAUGACCUCGAGUCCUUGGAUGGUCUUUAUCCUCACGAAUGAUGGACUUGUACUAACGGCAGCACAUUGUUUGAAGGAUCACAAACAUCUAAAGGUUCGAAUGGGGGAGUAUAAUAGAGACUUGGAGGAUAUGUGUCAUAAUACCGUUGACGGUGACCUAUACUGCACCAAGCGAGUGGAGCUCGAUGUGGACAUGGGCAUCGCGCACCCCAGCUUUGAUUCAAAAACCAUGGACAACGACAUAGCCAUCCUUCUGCUGGACAGGCGAGUGGAGUACACAGACAACAUCAAGCCCAUCUGUAUCGUGACGGAUAAGAGAUGGAGAAACACUAUAGACCAAAUACCAAUUCUCACCAUCACUGGGUGGGGCCUUACCGAGGCCCAUGGAAGAACAAGCAGGAUCCUCCAGACCCUGGAAAUCAGUCGACUGUAUCCGGAAGAGUGUACCCGAUGGGUUCCUAAGACCCCUUCGGACAACGAGUUCUGCCUGGGAAACAUGGACAGUGGCGCUUGCAACGGAGAUUCCGGCGGUCCAGCGGGAAAACUAAUUUCAUACAGGAAAAAACGUCGAUUCAUCCAGAUCGGCAUUGCCAGCCUAACGAACAGCCAGUGCAAAUAUGCCACCACCUACACCGAUGUGCUCAGCCACGUGGACUGGAUCCUAGGUGUGAAUGCGAUGUACGGUCUGAGUACAUCCCACCCACCACCAUUGUACUUCAAUGAUGAUGUUGAAUGA